AUGGCACCCCAACUCUGGCUAAUCACCGGCGCAUCCUCCGGCUUCGGUGCCCUCAUGGCAGAAAGUGCUCUCAAAGCCGGCCAUAAAGUUCUCGCAACAGCCCGCAGUCCUACCAAGGCAGCACAGGAUUAUCCCCAAAUCGCAGCAUUAGGCGGAAAGUGGCUCCAGUUGGACGUGACGAGCAAGAGCACAAAGGAGGUGGUUGAACAGGCCAUCGGAGAGAAUGGUGGUAAGAUUGAUGUUGUUAUUAACAAUGCGGGGUAUGGGCUGUUGGGGAGUAUUGAGGAUGUCAGUGAGGAUGAACUUGACAUCCAGUUCCAGACAAACAUCUACGGCGUGGUAAGAGUCAUCAAAGCCGUUCUUCCCUUAAUGCGAGCUCAACGCAGCGGCACCAUCGUCAACAUCAGCAGCAUUGCCGGAUUCACGGCCGGUCCUUCAUCUGCCGCAUAUUCCAUGUCCAAAUUUGCCGUGGAGGCCCUCUCUGAAUCACUCUCAGCAGAACUCAGCCCAUUCAACAUCCGGGUUCUGCUGGUCGAGCCCGGCGCAUUCCGGACCAACUUCAUCGGAUCGCAUAGACUGCCCGCGGCCGGAAUGACCAAGGAUUACGAAGGCACGCCUCUAGCUGCUGCUAUGGGGAUCUGGGAUACAUACGCUGGCAAGCAGCCUGGUGAUCCUGUCAAGGCCGUUGAACGAAUUCUGGAUGUCAUCCAGUUGCAGGGUGUUGGGGAGGGCAAGGGUCAUCUGUUGAGAUUGCCGCUUGGGACUGAUUGUUUCCCGCGGAUGGUGGCUAAAAUUGAUACUGUCAAGCAGAAUUUGGAGGAGGUUAGGGAGAUUGCUCUUAGUACGGCUGUUGAGUCUGAGUGA